CCGUGUGAAAGAACGAGGCUUGCAGCAUUGCAGGACGGUGUUCAUUGUCAAAAGGACGCUCGGAUCGCCGUGUGCUGAUAAUCGUUUGAUAGAUAUAAUUGUUCGAGAUCGUCGCGAAAUGUUGCGCGUCAUUGCGAGACGGGUACAGGAUGCAACAGUCGCGUCUUCGCGGACGUUCAGCGCGCAGAGACCGGCCUCGAGUACCGGCCAAUCCACGGCGAAUACCGACGUGCCAGGUCUCAGUCGGAAUGUUGUCAGCGUUCCAGGCACACCUGUAGGACCCAACGCCUCCAAGGAUAAGGAAUACAAGAAUCCGGAGUACUUUUGCUAUCACGUGGACUCGUUCGGGGAAGCUGAAGUAGAAUUGGCAAAGUUCAGAUUGCCAGUACCAUCCAACAAGAGGCCAUUCGAUAAAUGAAUGGAAAUAAACGAUAGGAGGUUUGCAGACAGUAGAGACGAAGUAAGGAAUUUGAUAAGUUGAGAAAGUGUACAAAAGAGAUGACGCGAUGACGAGCUGUGUGUUCAAAACUGUGUUACAUAUUGCUUAAGAAAAAUAAGCUUAAUAUGUUA